GCUCCACAAAAAAAUGCAGACAGGAGAGAAACCUUUUGAAUGCUCAGAGUGUGGAAAAAGAUUCAGUGAGAGGGGGAAUCUUCAAAAGCAUCAGAGAACCCACACAGGGGAGAAACCUUUUGAAUGCUCAGAGUGUGGAAAGAGAUUCAUUAAGAGGUGGAAUCUUCAGUAUCAUCACAGAAUCCACACAGGGGAGAAACCUUUUGAAUGCUCAGAGUGUGGAAAGAGAUUCAGUCGGACUAGCACUCUUCAGUGUCAUCAGAGAAACCACACAGGGGAUAAACCUUUUGAAUGCUCAGAGUGUGGAAAGAGAUUCAGCCAGCGUGGCCAUCUUCAGCAUCAUGAAAGAGCCCACACAGGGGAGAAACCUUUUGAGUGCUCAGAGUGUGGAAAGAGAUUCAGUAUGAAUGGCAGUCUUAAAUGUCAUCAGAGAACCCACACAGGGGAGAAACCUUUUGAGUGCUCAGAGUGUGGAAAGAGAUUCAGUAGGAGUGGCACUCUUCAACGUCAUCAGAGAAGCCACACAGGGGAGAAACCUUUUGAGUGCUCAGAGUGUGGAAAGAGAUUCAGUAUGAGUGGCACUCUUCAACGUCAUCAGAGAAGCCACACAGGGGAGAAACCUUUUGAAUGCUCAGAGUGUGGAAAGAGAUUCAGUAGGAGUGGCACUCUUCAACGUCAUCAGAGAACCCACACAGGGGAAAAACCUUUUGAGUGCUCAGAGUGUGGAAAGAGAUUCAGUAUGAGUGGCACUCUUCAACGUCAUCAGAGAACCCACACAGGGGAGAAACGUUUUGAGUGCUCAGAGUGUGGAAAGAGAUUCAGUACGAGUGGCACUCUUCAACAUCAUCAGAGAAGCCACACAGGGGAGAAACCUUUUGAAUGCUCAGAGUGUGGAAAGAUAUUCAGUAGGAGUGGCACUCUUCAAUGUCAUCAGAGAACCCACAAAGGGGAGAAACCUUUUGAAUGCUCAGAGUGUGGAAAGAUAUUCAGUACGAGUUCCAGUCUUCAACGUCAUCAGAGAACCCACACCGGGGAGAAACCUUUUGAAUGCUCAGAGUGUGGAAAGAGAUUCAGUCAGAGUGCCAUUCUUCAAUGUCAUCAGAGAACCCACACAGGGGAGAAACCUUUUGAGUGCUCAGAGUGUGGAAAGAGAUUCAGUACGAAUGGCAGUCUUCAACGUCAUCAGAGAACCCACACAGGGAAGAAACCUUUUGAGUGCUCAGAGUGUGGAAAGAGAUUCAGUACGAGUGCCAUUCUUCAAUGCCAUCAGGGAACCCACACAGGGGAGAAACCUUUUGAGUGCUCAGAGUGUGGAAAGAGAUUCAGUGCGAGGGGGUAUCUUCGAAAGCAUCAGAGAAGCCACACAAGGGAGAAACCUUUUGAGUGCUCAGAGUGUGGAAAGAGAUUCAGUACGAGUGCCAUUCUUCAAUGUCAUCAGAGAACCCACACAGGGGAGAAACCUUUUGAGUGCUCAGAGUGUGGAAAGAGAUUCAGUACGAAUGGCAGUCUUCAACGUCAUCAGAGAACCCACACAGGGAAGAAACCUUUUGAGUGCUCAGAGUGUGGAAAGAGAUUCAGUACCAGUGCCAUUCUUCAACGUCAUCAGAGAAGCCACACAGGGGAGAAACCUUUUGAGUGCUCAGAGUGUGGAAAGAGAUUCAGUACGACCUCCAUUCUUCAAUGUCAUCAGAGAACCCACACAGGGGAGAAACCUUUUGAAUGCUCAGAGUGUGGAAAGAGAUUCAGUAGGAGUGGCCAUGUUCAACGUCAUCAAAGAACCCACACAGGGGAGAAACCUUUUUAAUGCUCAGAGUGUGGAAAGCGAUUCACUGGGAGUA